CCUGCGCCCAUUCUAUUAAACCAAGAACGGACUGGGAUCAAGGGAAGAAGACAGAACGGGAAGAAGAAGAUCAGAGGAACCGAAACAACCUGCGAGAGUGAAAAAGAGACCAAUAGCAAUCGUAAAAGUCACGGUUAUCCACCUUAAUUUUUGUUGGUAAAGGGUAGUGCUAUGAAAAUGAACCAGUGCGUGCACGGGAUGAUCUAUCUGGCGGUUCUGGUGGCGUUUGCCGCCUGUGACGCCCCUCCGGUACCGUUAGAUGACAUCGUGAUUGAGAAAACGUUCGUGCCGGAGCAGUGCGGGCGCGCUGUGAAAGUAGGGGACUAUGUCCGUUACCACUAUAACGGCAUGUUCCCCGAUGGAAAGAAGUUUGACUCCAGCUAUGACCGCGGUAGCACCUACAAUGUUUAUGUGGGUAAGAAGCAGCUGAUUGAAGGGAUGGACAGAGCUCUGGUAGGGAUGUGUGUCAACGAGAGACGCCUGGUCACCAUCCCCCCACAACUGGCCUAUGGGAAGGAAGGAUACGGUGAUGUCAUCCCUUCAGACGCAAUCCUCAAUUUUGACGUUCUGUUGUUGGACGUGUGGAACCCUGACGACGGGGUUCAGAGUGAGACGUACUACACCCCUGAGAACUGCUCUAGGAAGGUAGAGGUGUCAGACUACGUACGAUACCACUACAACGGAACACUGCUGGACGGAACACUGUUUGACUCCAGCCACACCCGUUUGCGUACCUACGACACCUACGUGGGGAUUGGCUGGCUGAUCGCUGGCAUGGACCAGGGCCUUCUGGGCAUGUGUGUUGGGGAGAGACGCAUCAUCACCAUGCCCCCUUCGCUAGGAUACGGAUCAAACGGAGAUGGUAGUGAUAUCCCAGGCCAGGCUUCCCUGGUGUUUGAUGUAGUCCUCUUGGACCUCCAUAACCCUAAAGACGGCGUCACUAUAACCAACCAGGACAUACCUCAACCCUGCCUCAGGAAGAGUAUAUCUGGGGACUUUAUCAGAUACCACUAUAAUGGAUCACUACUGGACGGAACACUGUUUGACUCCAGUUACUCUCGUAACCGUACCUAUGACACGUACGUGGGUAAGGGCUCUUUGAUUGGUGGGAUGGACGAGGGCCUGAUCGGAGUCUGCAUCGGAGAGAGAAGACGCAUCACCAUCCCACCUCACCUCGGAUACGGAGAGGAGGGUACAGGUACUAAGAUCCCAGGUUCUGCUGUCUUGGUGUUUGAUAUCCAUAUCAUAGACUUCCACAACCCAUCAGACACAGUGGUGAUCAUCACCAACUAUAAACCAGAGGUGUGUGAGACGCUGGCUAAGAAAGGAGACUUUGUUAAAUACCACUACAACGCAUCACUAAUGGAUGGAUCCUUCAUCGACUCCACGUAUAACUAUGGGAAGACAUAUAACAUUGUGCUGGGAGCCAACCAGGUGGUUCCUGGGAUGGAAGAAGGGCUGAAGGAGAUGUGUGGAGAGAGAAGACACCUGGUCAUACCUCCUCACCUGGGCUACGGAGAGAGGGGAGUGGAUGGUGAGGUGCCGGCCAGUGCUGUCCUGGUCUUCGACAUCGAGAUGAUCGAGAUGGAGGCGGGCCUUCCUGACGGGUACAUGUUCAUUUGGAACGAGGAGGUAUCAGCUGACCUCUUCACUGAGAUGGACGCAGACAAGGACCUACAGGUGUUGGCCUCAGAGUUCUCAGACUAUAUCCUGCGUCAGGUGAACGAGGGUAAAGGUCGCCUUGCCCCUGGGUUUAACGCAAAUCUCAUCAUCGAGAACAUGUUCUCCAACCAGGACCGUAAUGGAGACGGAAAGAUCACUGAGGAGGAGUUCAAACUGAAGGCCGACGAGACACCACACGACGAGCUAUAAGACAGACUAGACCCCACACGACGAGCUAUAAGACAGACUAGACCCCACACAACGAGCUAUAAGACAGACUAGACCCCACGCGAUGAGCUAUAAGACAGACUAGACCCC